AAUGAAAAGGUUGCUGUAAAAGAAAUAUAUAUUCCAGCAGAUGAUGAUGAAAACAAAUUAGAAUGGUUCUUAAUAAGGCUUGUAUUGUUAAGGUUUAAAGUACAAAUGGUUGAAGGAAUAUCUUAUUUACACAUUAAGAUGAUCACUCAUCGCGAUUUGCAUUCAAAUAACAUACUCAUUCAUCAUGGAAUCAUAAAAAUCUCUGGUUUUGGUUUAUCAAAAGAUCUUAACAAUAAAAUGUCAUCUAAAACAGUAACUGUAAAUGUUACUGUCGGCGGUGGUGCAUUGACUUUUAACCCACAAAAUAUUAGUGUAAAUAAAAAUGAUGUGAUCCAAUUCAAUUGGGCAAGUGGCAAUCACUCUAUCAUUCGAUCCGAUGCCCUAGCUAUGUGUACCCCAUCUACUUCCCUUAAAGGAGGCAAUGCUAUCAUUUCUGAAGCAAAAACCAGCGGUAUGGCAACAUUUCUAGUUGAUGGCUCUGAUUCAAAUAUCUGGUAUUAUUGCGGCGUAGGCAUUCACUGCAGAAUGGGUAUGUGGGGUAUGAUCACUUUGAAAGGUACUGGUACUAACAAUAAUCCAGCAAAUCCAUCUUCAAAUGAUUCCUCCUCUUCGAGUCAAGGAAUAAGUGGAGUUAUUAUUGGAAUCAUUGUUGGUGCUGGACUAAUAUUUAUCGCCAUAGUUACUGGAUCCUUUUAUUUUAUAAAAUUAAAAAAUCGUCGUGAUAAACCUGUCUUAACAUCUUAUAAUUAUGCUGAUGAUGUUCCAACGGUUAAUGCUAAUACUCAUGCAA